AUGGUUGCAGAGAACAUGACGGCCAGGCUGGCCGAGAUGGCCCUCGGACACGGUGACCAAAACCGUGCGGCCCACACCGAUAUCUCCAACCCUGACCGCGACGGCGGCCGGUACACGGACGACAGCGGCGCGAAGAUGAAAGCCCUCGCUUGGAUGGGCAAGAACGACGUACGAGUCAUCGAGACGUCCAAGCCUAAGAUUGUCGAUGACCACGAUGUCAUCCUCAAGGUCACUGGUUCUACCGUCUGCGGCAGCGACGUACACCUGAUGCAUGGAGUGGUGGUGCAGGUCGAAAAGGGCGAUAUUCUGGGACACGAGUUCUGCGGCGUUGUCGAGUCGGUGGGACCGUCGAUCACCAAGCUCGCUGUUGGUGAUCGGGUGGUGAACAGCUUUUGCAUCUCUUGCGGCGAGUGUAGUUACUGCAAGGACAAGCUCCCUACUGCAUGCGAAAAGACGAAUGCCUCAACUCUUCACGCCAAGCUUUAUGGCGGGCGCAUGGGCGGCAUCUUUGGUUACUCACACUUGACGGGGGGGUAUGCGGGCGGACAGGCCGAGUACGUCAGGAUCCCGCUGGCUGAGAACAACCUCCUCAAGAUCCCUGACAACGUCCCGGAUGAAAAGGCACUGUAUCUCUCUGAUGUGCUGCCCACUUCGUACCACAGCGUGGUCUACACCGGCGUCAACGAGGGAGACACAGUCGCCAUCUGGGGCCUCGGUCCCAUCGGCUUCAUGGCGUGCUUUUGGGCAAAGAAGAAGGGUGCGAAACGUGUUAUUGGCAUCGACAGCAACUGGCGGACCGAGUACGCAAAGUCCAAGAUCCCGGGGCUAGAGACCAUCAACUAUGCAACAUUGGAAUCUGGACAGACAGUGCCGACAAAGAUACACGAAAUGGUGCCUGGGGGUGUUGAUGUCAGCAUUGAUGCGAGCGGAGGAGAGUACGCCAAAGGAUGGGCGCACAAGCUGGAGAUGGCGAUUGGGGCGGAGCAGGAUACAAGCGAGAUGAUCAAUGAAUGUCUGUACGCGACCAAGAAGUUUGGGAGAGUCGGCAUCAUUGGUGAUUACGUCGGGUUCACUAAUCAUUUCAAUGUCGGUGCCCUGAUGGAGCUUGGUAUUUACUUGAUCGGGUGUGGACAGGCUCCAGUGCAGAGAUAUUGGGAGGAGCUUCUCGAGAUGGUUGAAAAAGGAGAGAUCGAUCCCACCAUCAUGUUGACGCAUCGGUUCAAGAUUGACGAUAUAGCAAAGGCAUAUAAGCUGCAGGAGAAGAGGGAGGAGGGUCUGGUGAAAUGUUUUGUCGAGACGAGGUUCUCUGCCCCGCGUGCUGAAGGGACUCCGGAGCUCACGAGUUUGUAG